AUGGCGCCGCCGACCGAGAACCUCAACCUCGAUGUUGAGGCCAUUUCGGGAAUUUGCGGCUCCAUAUCAAUUGCUUGUUGGGUGGUCGUCUUUUCGCCCCAGAUCAUCGAGAACUUCCGCCGUGGCAGCGCCGAGGGCCUCUCGAUUCAGUUUGUCGUCGUCUGGCUGCUCGGCGAUGUCUUCAACAUUCUGGGCGCCGUGCUGCAGGGCGUGCUACCGACCAUGCUCAUCCUCGCCAUCUACUAUACCAUCGCCGACAUCGUUCUGAUGGUGCAGUGUUUCUAUUACCGCGGUUUUACCCUGCGGGACGACGUUACCCCACCCGCCGCACCGCCACCAAAAUCGAAGCGCAACGGUAACGGCAACGGUAACGGGCAUCAUCACCCCGGCGAGCCGAGUGAGCGGACGAGAUUACUCGCUGGGGGGCGUGGUGAAGGUGCUGUUUCUUCUGACAACCCGGAAAGGUCGCUGUAUCACGAGGACCAUGAGCGGAGGGGGUCUUGGACCCAUCUCUCGCCGGCAGUGCCAUUCGUGAACGAGGAGCCCGAGACGAUGCCAGCGCCCCCGCCAACAACAUGGACGCAGGCGGUCGCUUUCAACAGUCUAGCUGUCUUCAUGGUGUGUGCCGCGGGUGUCGCAGGGUGGUGGCUGAGCCGGACGUACGGGCGAGGCGGCGACGGCGACGGGAAGCCGCCGAGCGACGGCCAGCAAGAUCUCCUUGAGUUCAACAUGCUGGGCCAGGUCUUUGGAUGGCUCUGCGCCGUGCUGUACCUGGGCUCGCGGCUGCCCCAGCUGCUACUUAACUGGCGGCGCAAGUCGACCGAGGGCGUGUCGGUGUUGUUCUUCCUGUUUGCUUGUCUCGGCAACCUCACAUAUGUGUUGUCCAUCCUGGCGUACGAGCCCAAGUGUGCAGGGGAGGAGGGAUGUCAACGCGGCGAGGCGGCGCAGAUAUUCUGGCAGUAUAUCCUUGUCAAUCUCUCAUGGCUGGCUGGCAGUGCGGGCACGCUGCUGCUGGAUAUGAGCAUCUUCGUACAGUUCUUCGUCUACAGCAAAACCGAAGACGACCAAGUUAGCGAUGACGACGAAAGCACCGACGAGGAGGAAAGCAUUGUGGUCCCGCUGCCCUCCCCCUCAUCCGAGCCCUCCGCCGCCGCCGGUCUCCCCUUCGUAAUCUCAUUCAUCACCCCCGGCCACGCCGACGUAUACGACCCGGCAAACAGACCAUACACCACGCAGAACACGUACAACACCGGUAGGUUCACCGACAGACCCCACAGCAAGAACGUGCCCACGGCCGCGCCCACCGCCGACACCAUCAAACACCUCGUCACCUCCAACCGGUCAAUCAACCACCCCAUAGCCACACACCCCGCCCAGCUGGCCACAUUCACCAACAUCAUAGCCACCACCGACGGCACGGGACUUGCCCCCAGCACCGCGCGCGCAUACGACGGCAAAUAA